UCAGGCGGUACGGGCGGGCUGGGUCACUCGGAGCCGGGCGGCGGCGGCUGCAGGUGUUGGUGUGAAAUCCUCACCCUCUCUCUGCGUUGGCACUUCCAGACCCUUCCUGGACUUCCAAACAUUCUCCAGGGAUCGCAUGGUGGGAAGGUCCAGGGCUUAUGCAAAGAGACCAUGACCACUGAUGAGACCACCAAGAGCGAAGGGGAGGUGCAGGCGGCAGCUCUCGCUGAGCAUGGGGAGGACAUCACACCGGCUCAAGACCGAGGGGUCCUGAAGAUCAUUAAACGGCCUGGGGAUGAAGAUGAGUCCCCCAUGAUUGGGGACAAGGUUUAUGUCCACUACAAAGGCAAACUGGCCAGUGGUAAAAAAUUUGACUCCAGCCGCGAUCGGAACGAGCCCUUUGUCUUCAGCCUCGGCAAGGGUCAGGUAAUCAAGGCAUGGGACAUCGGGGUGGCUACCAUGAAGAAGGGAGAGAUCUGCUACUUGCUGUGCAAACCCGAGUAUGCAUACGGCUCUGCUGGCAGCGCCCCCAAAAUCCCCUCCAACGCCACCCUCUUGUUUGAGGUUGAGCUGCUUGACUUCAAAGGUGAGGACUUGUUUGAGGAUGGAGGGAUAAUCCGGAGGAUCAAGAGGAAGGGAGAAGGUUACUCCAACCCUAAUGAAGGUGCUACAGUAGAAAUUCAUCUGGAGGGAUUCUGUGGUGGCACCAGGUUCGACUGCAAGGAUGUGAAGUUCAUUGUGGGUGAAGGGGAGGACCACGACAUCCCCAUCGGCAUUGACAAAGCCCUGGAGAAGAUGCAGAGGGGAGAGCACUGCAUCCUCUACCUCGCGCCACGGUACGGCUUUGGCGAGGCAGGGAAGCCGAAAUACGGCAUCCAGGGGAACAUGGAGCUGGUCUACGAGGUCACACUGAAAAGCUUCGAGAAGGCCAAAGAGUCGUGGGAGAUGGACACAAAAGAGAAGCUGGAGCAGGCUGCUGUUGUCAAGGAGAAAGGCACGAUGUACUUCAAGGAAGGCAAAUACCUGCAGGCAGUGAUUCAGUAUGGGAAGAUCGUGUCCUGGCUGGAAAUGGAGUAUGGCCUCUCUGAAAAAGAGUCGAAAGCCUCCGACUCCUUCCUCCUGGCUGCCUUCCUCAACCUGGCCAUGUGCUACCUGAAGCUGCGGGAGUACACCAAAGCUGUGGAGUGCUGUGAUAAGGCACUGGGACUGGACCAGGACAACGAGAAGGGUUUGUACCGAAGGGGCGAAGCCAGGUUAUUGAUGAACGAGUUUGAGCUUGCAAAAUGUGACUUUCAGAAAGUGCUGGAAGUGAAUCCACAGAACAAAGCAGCAAAAUCCCAGAUCUCCGUGUGCCAGAAGAAAACAAAGGAACACAAUGAGCGGGACCGGAGGAUCUACGCCAACAUGUUCACGAAGUUUGCAGAGAGGGAUGCCAAGGAAGCAGCUAGCAAAACCCGGGUCGAAAACGUAGCAGAGAGAGCAGCUUGUGAAAUGGGAUCAAAAACUGGUGCUGAAGGUGAAGAUGCUGCAGGACAUGUAUGAUGGAGGAGGAGGGGAAGGGAGAGCCUCCUGCCAUAGAAGAAGGUUGCUGUCAGACCUCAGGACUCGCCAGUGUUUUCUUGUAAAGAUUGUUACAGUUUGUGUGAUCGUGGAAGCAAAAAGGCACCUUGCAAAGGAAAAUCUGAACCCUGUCCCACCGCCCUGGGCCGAGCGGGACACUGUGGGACCACCACACAUGGAACAAAGAGCGUGGAAAUGGAGAGAAAGACAAAACCAUCAUCAUCAUAAUAAAAAUUGAAACUCUUGCCUCUUGGGAGGUUUCCAUAGACAGCUCGUCCCGGCUCCUUUGGCUUCGUGUCGGCUGUCGGUGCAGCAUCCUGGGUCUGCCUGGGACUGGGAUGUGGGAGAUGCUCUCUGUACACUGCAAUGCUGCCUCUGGUUUCAUCUGGCACAGGAUAGUGCUGCUGGUGCCAGUGAGGGGAAUGCUGCUGGCAGAGGCACGGGUGGCACCCAGCUCCCCACAGCACCUGGUGGUUUGACACCUGGGGGUACUCACUGGGGUGGGCACAGAAUGGGUUUUCUCUCCUGGUGAUUUCUUGUGUGUGGCCAAAAGUGUUGCAGUGUGAAGCCAGGGAUGAGCCUGAGGACCUGCAUCCCCUCCAUUGCAGCCACUUGGUGAUAGGAUGUAGCUUGCCUUUAACAGGGGGUUUGGUGAACAUUUUAUCCUUUGAAGAAGCCAGUUUCUGUGUCCUUGGAGAGUAAAACCUGUCCAGCUGCACUGCUCGCAGGCAACCAAUCCGUGGCUUGCAGCACCCAUCUGUAAGUGAUUUUAUUGCUGAUUUGGGCUCCAUACAGGGGAAGAAAAGAGCAGGGGUUGACACGUUGUUGGAUCCGGGCUGGGACCAUGCGUUCACAGCUCGCUGCUGUGGUGAGGGAGGCCUGGGGCACAUCGUGUCUUUGCACCAGUGCUGCUGCCACCUCGGCCAUGGUCACCCUACAUCCUAAAGGGAUGCUUCAGAACAGCUUUAGUUUUCUGUCUGUUCUUUGUAAAGCCCCUUUUGGAGCUUAAAAAUAAAACAAUAAAAGAAAAGAACAAA